ACUAGUGCUUCACUUUUCACUUUUCACCUUUCACAACGUUACAACUUCACAGAUUCGAGCUUUGAGAAUAUCAACGUGUCCUUUUCCGUGUUUUAAUCACAAAAACUACUCAAUAACGUACACCAUGGCAAUUAUUGAGAGAGUCGAGGGGCUCGAAGCGAUUGUCAAAGUGGGUGGUACAGCUCUACCCGAGUAUGAUGACCUAAACGGGGACGACGAUGUGGAACAGGUCGAAAGUUUGUUGGCAUUGGCUUCUAAAAACAGAUUCGUUGAUGCUAGAAUGAUUCGUCAUGUAGUCAAGUAUGUUGAGGCCAUUUCUGAUGCCGAGUUCGAAGUGGUCUUCACUAAGCGGCAGAGCUUCCAGCACCACAGCCACCACAUCGCUUUUCAGCUCGAGAACGACAACCAUGCGUUCGGUCUUACACACGAACCUGAGGAAUGUCGAGAGAAGGAAUGGAAUUAUUCAUGUGAACACAGAGCCUUUUUGGAUGGAGAGAAAAAUUGGUGUAGACAACAUUUUAAGUUUGGCCCUCUCAGACUAGUUAAGCCUGCUGCCAGUACCUCAAACCCCCACGACCCGUAUAUCGAUCCACACCGAGAUCUCGGUGUUUUGCGAAUAUCAGUUCAUCAUAUGCAAUUUACAAAUGCUAUUGAGUUGCCAUUUGGGCACGUUCAAUCAGUCACUGAUAGCAUUAACGAGGAGGCGCUCAAGGGUCAAACUGUCACGCACAUUGUGCAUUACGGGGAUCUCGAACCGUCUAAAGAGCCCAAGGACAUCCCCAUGGACGUUUACCAAGAUCCUCUCCAGCGACCCUUCGCAAUUUUUGAGUUUCGUUAUCUUUCCAAAGGUGAUUUGUUUUGAUCAACUAACGAACCGAAUUACUUGAAUUAACUUUCAACCAGAUGCUCUGAUAGCAAAAGGAGUAAACUAUGUUCCUAUUUCUGUCAAAAAAGUACAUCAGCAGCAGGAGCUUGGUACUUCUGUCCAAGAAAAGCACAAGGUAACUAAUUGUUAUUUCCAAUUCAUAUUGUACGAUCUCUAAUACACGCCUUAGCUUCACGAUAGCAAGGACUCUAAGAUCAAGCAAGAACGAGGUGAAUCGACAUUUAAUGAGCAACACAUAGCGAAGCGUUCUAAGCGGGGCAUAAUCCAUGGUGGCGAGGCCGAGAUGGCUAUGAAAGACCAUGACCCGAAUCAAGAUGCGCCUUGGGAAUGGGAGUAACACAUCAGUUACACCCGAUGAUUGAUUUCGUUUACACUUUACUACUAGUAUCAUUAUAGUCUCAC